GAAAGGCUCGCUGCUUGACAGCUCUCGUUGUCCUCGAUUUAACUAUAAACCAGGAACAUGGAUGUUAUACGCUGUUUCCUGCCUUAAAUCCCAUUCUGUUUCAGGCUUUUUUUCGGUUUCCUCUGGUCACUACAAUGUCCGUCGUCAUCGCAAUGGCACGCGUCCGCCGGAGCCGCUCCAAUAAUGGCACAUGAAUCCAGGCCCAACCCAUCCUUGAACCCUAAUUUUCCAUAAAAGCUGACUGCUUCUUUCUCAGAAUAUAGAGAAAGUCCCAGCUGUGUCACCCCGUCAUUUACUGACAGAGACUGAGCUUUGACCUGGACUCAGCACCUGGGCUUUGUCUGUCAUGUCUAGCCCCAGCAGUAGUCCAGAGAGAGAGGGAGGGGUCUCAGGGUCAGUUCAGCUGGAAACCCUUGGCUCUCCAGCAGGUCAGGAGGCUGACCCGCUCUCUGUUGGCAGCCCUCUGCUGAGCCCAGACUCCAGUUCCCAUGAUGCUGCUCUAUCUGCACCAGCAGUCUCGCCUGCUGACUCAGAGAAUCUCAGUCCAGAUGAACUGGAGCUGCUGGCUAAAUUGGAAGAACAGAAUAGGCUCCUGGAGGCCGAUUCCAAGUCCAUGCGCUCUAUGAGCGGCUCUCGCAGGAACAGCGGCUCCUCGCUGGUGUCCAGCUCUUCUGCCUCGUCCAACCUCUCGCACCUGGAGGAGGACACCUGGAUCCUGUGGGGACGCAUUGUUAACGAGUGGGAUGAGUGGAGACGCAAGAAAGACAAAUUACUCAAGGAACUGAUAAGGAAGGGGAUCCCACAUCACUUCCGGGCAAUCGUGUGGCAGCUGCUGGGCAACGCCACAGACAUGCCAGUGAAGAACCAAUACUCAGAGCUGCUGAAGAUGUCGUCACCCUGCGAGAAGCUCAUUCGCAGGGACAUCGCACGUACUUAUCCUGAGCAUGAGUUCUUCAAGGGGCAGGACAGCCUGGGUCAGGAGGUCCUCUUUAACGUCAUGAAGGCAUACUCCCUAGUGGAUCGUGAGGUAGGAUACUGUCAGGGCAGUGCUUUUAUUGUUGGGCUACUUCUCAUGCAGAUGCCAGAGGAGGAGGCAUUCUGCGUGUUUGUACGGCUGAUGCAGGAGUACAGACUCAGAGAACUUUUUAAACCGAGUAUGGCAGAGCUGGGCCUCUGCAUAUACCAGUUUGAAUACCUGCUGCAGGAGCAGCUUCCGGAGUUGAAUGUGCAUUUUCGCUCGCAAAGUUUUCACACCUCCAUGUAUGCAUCAUCAUGGUUCCUGACACUCUUCCUCACCUUUCUUCCUCUGCCCAUUGCCACACGUAUUUUCGAUAUCUUCAUGUAUGAGGGUCUAGAGAUUAUAUUUCGAGUAGGAAUGGCUAUUUUACAGUACAACCAGACCGACCUCAUACAGCUGGACAUGGAGGGCAUGUCACAGCACUUUCAGAAGGUGAUUCCUCACCAGUUUGACAGCUGCCCUGAUAAACUCGUCCUUCGAGCUUAUCAAAUUAAAUACAACCCCAAGAAGAUGAAAAAAUUGGAAAAAGAGUAUACCACCAUCAAAAACAAAGAGAUGGAGGAACAGAUCGAAAUAAAGCGACUACGCACAGAGAACCGGCUGUUAAAGCAGAGGAUUGAGACGCUGGAAAAGGAGAGUGCCGCACUGGCAGACAGGUUGAUCCAGGGUCAGGUGACAAGAGCGCAGGAAGCGGAGGAGAAUUAUGUGAUAAAACGUGAAUUAGCAGUAGUGCGGCAACAGUGCACAACAGCCAGCGAGAGCCUGGAGAGAGCACAGGACACUAUACGGGAAUUGCAAACACACGCGUAUACAGAGCAGUUUGUUAACGGGCUGCAGGCUCAGCUCGAGCAGUCUCGCCUUCAGGAAGCAGAGCUCCUCAGUGCACUAAAGGAGAUGCAGGACAAAGUGCUGGAUCUCGAGAAGAGGAGCAGUUCACUGCCUGACGAGACGAACGUAGCGCAGCUUCAAGAGGAGCUGAAACAGGUCAAGCUAAGAGAGUUGGAGAUGCUGCACUCCUUCAAAGAGAUGCAGGAUGUUGUCACUGAACUCAACCAGCACUGGCAGCACUACACAUCACGUGGUGGCCAUUGGAAAGAGUCUCCUAAGAAAAAUGCCCUGAAUGAAAUGCAGGACAAACUGAUGAGCAUGAGACUGAGAGAGGCUCACACACAGGCUGAGGUCAAAGAGGUCAAACUUAAAAACCUGCAGCUGGAGAGCCAGAAUCAAAUCUACAGCAAAGCAAUGACCCGUCACGAGCAGGAGAGCGCCGCCCUGCAGGAGAGACUACAGAACGCUUUAUCACACAACAAGAGUCUGCAGAGUCAGCUCAGCGAAAUGAAGAGGAAACAGGCUGAGUCAGAUUGCAAGAGUAAAGAGGAGGUGAUGGCGGUGCGUCUCAGAGAGGCAGACAGCAUGGCAGCCAUGGCUGAACUCCGGCAGAAAAUAGCUGAGCUAGAAUUGCAAAAAGAGGAAGGGUUGAUACAAGGUCAGCUGAAUCAUUCUGACUCCAGACAGUACAUUGAUCAAUUGAGGGAACAGAUUGCUGAACUCAAGAAUGAGAUAAGGCAGCUACGUGGUCAGCCCUCCAAAUUUCAGAACUCCGGAAGUGGAGCCUAUCAGGACCUGUGUCUGGCGAGCCCAGGUUCUGCAGAGGGAGACUACCUGAGUUCAGACGAUGAUCUUCUGCAGAGCCCACUGCCUGGCACAGCGCUGUAUCCGCACCACACCUCCACCAAUCUGGACAGCGAGAGCAGCACUGAGAGUGACGGAGAUGAGAGAAACGAACCCCACUCCACCCUUCCAUGUCAGGACACCACACCCACCCAGCAGCAGCUUUAUCCAGAUAUGGUGUACAAUGAGGCCCCUGAAAACUAAAGUGGGAGGAGGGUGGUAUUGGGGUGGUGCAGAGAGGUCAGAAGUGCAAAAGAACUAAAUCAUGGGGAGGAGAAACUCGGUGCACACCCAUGAAGAUGAGUGAUGAAAAUGAAUACACACACGUGCACAGAUGCUGACACACUCCUCUAUGAAAAGAGCUGACGGGCAUAACUCUCGUUUGAGUCCAGGCAUGUACAUACAGAGAGGUCAACCUUCCUUUCCUUCAUGUGUCCCCGUUCUUCCAUCUCUCCUCCUUUCCCUAAGUAAAGGUCAAACCUGGUUCUGAAACUUCUACUAACACCCAGCAUCAGCUUUAGACACACACUUACAUAAAUGCACACAAACACAUUUCUAGGGCCCUAGUUCACAAAUGGAGAAACUAAAGUAACACAUUCUACUGUUAAUGCAGUAACUCAGGCAGUAAGAGAGGCAUGAUAGUGAAAAGGGUUUGCAUGUGUGUUAAUACAAUAUUAGAAGGGUCAUUUUUGUUUUUUAAGCAGGUUUGUGCAGUGGUGUUUUCAUAGUCUCAUGAAGCAUCAUUAGUCUUCUUGAGCUGUUACAGCUAUGAUGUGUAAAUGAUACUUCAGUUUGCUGAUCAACAUGUUUGAGAUUUCUUCUUACAAAACGAUUCAGUGUAGUAUAUAUUUAUUUUGUAGCUAGGAGAAGAUACGAUAUAUCGAUGCAUUUACAGUAAACAUCCACUGCCAAGUGGCUUUUUUACAUUUUUUAAAUAAAGUCAGUAAGCUAGUUUCUUGAGAUCUGUGGAAAAGAGAGAUGAUAAUCUAAAAUUGUGAUUGAAAAUACCACUGCAUAUGUACAUUUAGGAAAAAAGACCAGGCAAAAUAAGGAAAAAAUAUUAUUAUGUUUACGUGUAACCAUUAAUUUAAAAAAAAAAAUACGGCCCUUUCUGUUAUCACUACCAUGAAUUAGCUUCAGAUUUAUCCGUCCGUCAUUCUUUUUACUGAAUUGACACCACAAUGAAUCUGUAGCAUCAGUUAUCGUGGAGAUGGACGAUACGAAUCACUAGAUAUCCUGAGGGGAGAGUGCAGCAGAGAGGCUGAAUGGUGAAUCCACAAUACAAACCUCUGACAGAGAAAUAUUGGGAGCCUCAUCGAGUCAAAAAAGGUCAGGAGCAUUAUAUACGCUGCACACAGUCUUGUCUGAACAGCAGUUCUCUAUCCACAGGAGCGCAUUUUUGACAUAUCUUGAAACACACACCAAUCACUUUAUAAGAAGGAAGGGAAAAUACAGACAGAAGUUUGACAUACACACAUUUGUUGUAUGUUAGUAUGUUAAUAGAUGUUAAUAUAAGCAUAGGUCAAAAAUACUAAAUUAUCUACUGUAGCUAAUCUGUGUUUGUAUGUGUCUCCGUGCAAAAAAAGAAAAAAAAAAAAACAAGGAAUUUUUGGAUGGUAAAAGUUAAUUUCUUUAUUGAAAAAGAACACAAAGCUACAAAAACAAUAUCUCAAACUUGCCAAAUUUGGCAUUAUGUUUUUUUUGUUUUUGUUUUUUUGUUUAUACAUAUAUUGAAAACAACAUCAAUAUAAUUUAUGGUCCUUGAUUUUUUUUCUCAUGUGUGCCAAAUUGUAAAAAAAAACAAAAAAAAACAUUUAGCUGAAAUAAGAACAUUUCUAACACAUGCUGCUAGUAUUUUUUUUUUUUAAGAUAUUCCUUUUGUUUUCAUAUAUGCACAUUUUCUAACAGUCCUAAUCCCAUGUAGUGUCAGUGUGCUAAUGCACACUAUGUAAAUACUUGAGGAUUACUUGAAUUUCAUGUUUUAUAUAUGAUAUAUAAUGUUCCAUGGGACAGUCCAGUCAUUUUCCCUCCUUUAGUGUAAAAUCUGUUAAAUAAACUGGUCAACAUUCA